AUGACAUCAUGUAGUUCGUUAACGUGCAAAUACAAUGCUGAUACGGAUGUUCAUGUGGAAAAUCAAAAAGGACAACCAAAGCAACAACAACGAUUUUUAGGAUCUCACAUUGUACAAUCAAAUGAUUCUAUGAAUAUACUGGAAGAUGUUGUUCGUUCAUUACUGGAUAAAGAUACUAGCGCAUUAGGUUUCCAAAUAGCACAGAGAUCGGAUAACAUAUGUAUCAGUUAUGUUGAGCCUAAUGGUCCGGCUGAUCGUUCCGGAAAUAUUUUUGUUGGUGACAAAAUAAAAGAAUUAACGAUAACAUUUGAGAAUAUGCCAAUCAGUGAUGCGUUGACAAUUCUUAGUUGUGCUUCUACUUAUAAAAUUCGGUUAGAAUUAGAAAGAGCUAUAAUUAAUGAUGCUAUCCAACCAGAUUGCCCCGAAACAACAAAACAACUCGACACUUCUGCAAAUUCUAUUCAACAAAUUUCUACUCUCUGUAAAAGUUAUUCGACUUCGGAUAUAGCACUGCGAUUACAAAAUGCGCAAAUGUCUGAUAAAGCUGUAAAUGGUGGAAGUUUCAUGUCCAAACAAAAAUAUCAACUUCCGCGACAAACUGUUAUAAAUACGACCAGGGAACAAGCAACAUCGAUAACACCUGAAACUUUAUCGCCAUGUUCAAAAUUUAUGGAAAAGACUGAAUUUGCUCCAAUUAUGAUGGAAUCAGUCAUUAGUGAAGAAACCAUUAUAAUUAGCGACCCAUUGCCAAUCUUAAAAAGUCUUCGAACUUCUCCGAAUGAAAUAAUCUCCCAACCUCAAAUUUUGCCCUGUGUUAUAACUUCUGAAAUUUAUCCAAAAUCAAAUCACACGUCGAAUACACCAUCAAAUAUAUCACGACAACAAACAAUGUCGCAAAUUUCAACACCAUGCAACAAUGAAUAUACCGUACUUUCGCUGAUGCCCGAGAAAAAUCAUGAAGUAAAUGAAGUUAAUUACAAUGGAUUUUCAGAGUUUAUUGAGCGAUCGCAUUUUGUGUAUUCAAAUGCAAGUGUUAAAGAUGACAACCGAAAAAAUAACAUCGAAUUUUGCGAAUUAAUUGAGCCAAAACGUGAUUCGAUUGUAAUCGAAUUUGAAGAGGAUCAAAGAGAUGAUUGUUAUCAUCAAAUAAGUGAUGAAGAAAUGAUUAAUUUGUCGAACUGUAAUGAUACAUUUGAUGAAGAAGUGGAAAAUAGUUUGCAUCAAGCUAAUUCUAAUAUUAACAAUGGCGCAUUAGUUGAAGUACCGCCAACAAUAGCUGUAUCAAAUAACGCAACAAUUAAUGCAGAUCAUCAUGAAAAAGAUAGACUAUCCGGAAAUGUUGCAGAUGUAACUAAUGUAGAACGCAGCACUUCCCAUCAUCCAACUGUCAGCACUGAAUCAUCAAAUGAUCGGUCUAGAACUGAUAUUACUGAAAACAAAUCUGAUAACUUCAACGCAAAUAUUCCAUUUUCAAACAAUCCUGAACAAGUUGCAAACAUACUACCUUCGGUGGUAUCAAAUCAUACAAAGAUUAACGAACCUAACAGCAAACAUAUCAUGGAAAGCAGUACACCGAUUGUAGAGUCACGGAUAGUUCCCGGAAAGAUAACCAAUGAUGAUGCACUUCCAAAUGAGAAUAACCAAAUGCCAACAAAACGCAGUCAGUUAAGAAAAUUAUCCGGUAGUUAUGGAAUUAAUGAAGUUGCAGCGGGGAAGGAUGCAAGAAAAUUAAAUGGCAUCGCUGAUGAUUUAAAAGAGGAAGUCAAUAAUAGGAAUAAUAUACUACAAAGAAACCCAAAAUGGAGUCCAAAGCUUCAAUCUCACAUUCCGGUUAUUACUAGGACAUCAUCAACAAAAUCCAAAAGUAAACUUCCAAAAGUUGAAAGUAAUAAAAUUGUAAGCAAUCCCGUACACAGCAAAACGACUGAUGAUAUCUUGAAGAAUAAUAUGAAUGGAGCAUCAUUGUAUAUCGCAAAGAAAGAAGCUUUACGAAAAACCUAUCUUCCAUUUUCAAAAAUAAACAAAAGUGAAGAAAUGGAUUUGAAUAAGGAGCGUAAGGCUCGUCUUGAAGCUAAUCAGGCAUUGUUACAACAACAGCAGGAUGAAUUGAGGACAUUAGGCAUUUUGCCUUAA